GGAAAAUUUAUACUUACGGGAUACGACCCAGGCACUGGGGAAGCGUUAGGACGAGGACCACUUCGUACAAGAUCACUGGGAGUACGAACCUCUAUAUAUGAUCUGCACGGGUCCUUUCAUCUUCGACUUCGUCAUGCCUUCGUUGGCAGUCUUCCAUCGAUGUCCUUCGAGGCCGACAGUAGGAUGUCCUCCACGACGGUGAACUCCGCCAUGUCAGACCCGGAGCGGCAACAAGGAGCCACUUCCGAUCUCAAUGACGAACACCCACCCAUGAACGUACCUGUGCACCAAGUCACAAGUGAGAAAGACGAGAUAGUCGUCACUUGGGAUGGCGAAAACGACCCCGAAAACCCCCAGAAUUGGUCGACCUCAUUCAAAUCAUGGGUUACCUUUCAAUUGAGCAUGUUGGCUUUUUCUGCCAGUCUUGCCUCCAGCAUCAUCGCACCUGCCAACGACACGAUCGCUGCAUACCUCGGGGUCGGUGAGGAGGUUGUGGUGCUCAAUGUUUCCCUCUACGUUAUAGGGUUUGCCGUUGGUCCACUGGUAUGGGCGCCCUCAUCCGAGAUCUGGGGCCGCCGCAUAUCGAUCUUACCAGCCAUGUUCAUCCUGGCGCUUUUCUCAAUCGGCACCGCGACUAGCAAGAAUGCUCAAUCCGUCUUCAUCACUCGUUUCUUCAGCGGUGUCUUCGGCUCUUCCGCUGUCAGCAACGUCAACGCUGCAUUGGGAGACAUUUGGUCCCGUGAAGUCCGUGGUACCGCCGUUUCACUUUACGCUGUCUGUGUCGUGGGUGGUCCUACCCUGGGGCCAACAAUUGGAAGCGCUAUCCUUGUCAAUCCCCACAUGGGAUGGAGAUGGACAGAAUACAUCACGGCAAUCAUCAACUUUGCUGUGGUCACCUUGACAUACUUCUGCAUGCCAGAGAUGUACCCGCCGGUCGUAUUGAAGCGGAAGGCUCAAAGACUGCGCAAGCAGACCGGCAACCAGAAACUUUACCAUCCUCAUGAGAGGAUAAAACUCGACUUCCAGUCGAUCGUCACCAAACAGCUAUCGAGGCCUAUCAAGAUGCUGAUCAUCGAGCCGAUGGUGACUUGCAUAGCAUUCUAUGCGAGCUUUGUCUAUGCCAUCCUUUACUUGACCCUCGAGGUCUUCCCGAUCGUGUUCACCGAGGAGAGGAAGUAUUCUCCGGUGGUGGCUUCACUCCCUUUCCUCGGCUUGUUCAUUGGCGUCUUAUGCGCCUUGGGCAUCAAUCUCGGCAAUCAGCCCAGAUAUAUCAAAAAGUGCCGAGCUGCGAAUGGCAAACCUGUGCCGGAAGCUAGACUGCCGCCAUUGGCGAUCGGCGCUGUCCUGAUGGUCAUCGGAUUGUUCUGGUUCGGGUGGACUGCUGCACCGAAGUAUCCCUGGAUUCUCCCUUGCAUCGCUGCCGUGUUCAUCGGUGCUGGUUUCAACACCAUCUUUCAACAGUGUAUAAACUAUCUCGUUGAUGUGUACGGGCUUUAUGCAGCGAGUGCCACUGCAGCAAAUACCUUCCUCCGAAGUCUCAUGGCCUCAGGGCUGCCCAUGGUCGCACGACCUAUGUUUCACAAGCUUGGUGUGGGCCCUGCAAUGUGCAUACUCGGCGGAGUGGCAGCACUUAUGCUUCCGGUACCGUUUCUACUCAUGAGACUCAGCCUUCCUCUACGGAAGAAAUCGACCUUCGCACCAGUGCCCAAAGAUUGAAGAGCACCAUGGAGAACAACCUAAUAUCAAUGCGCAACUCCAGUACGUCUUAGUUUGGUGGGAUCGACCGACAUGGGUGCACGAAGCGCAAACCUGCCAUGUUCACAAGGGUCUAACAUUACGAACCCCCGCUGUGGAGGUGAUACGACCAUGCAUGUUAUCGACACCAUUGUGGCGGCGAAGCGGCCCUGACAACGUAUGACGACUCAGACUC